AUGCCGGAGCUUCCGGAAGUAGAGGUGGCGCGGCGGGCGCUCGAGGAGCAUUGCGUCGGGAAGAGGAUCGUGCGGUGCGUCGCCGCAGACGACACCAAGGUCAUCGACGGGGUCGCCCCCGAACGGUUGGAGGCGUCGCUGGUCGGGAGGACCAUCGCCGCCGCGCGGCGCAAGGGCAAGAACAUGUGGCUCGAGCUCGACUCCCCGCCGCAUCCCACUUUUCAGUUCGAUACAUACAAUUAUCAUUGUGUUAGUUGGUGCCACCUGAUCCACUUUGAUGGUAUAGAAGGUGUAAGCAUGAGGGCACACAAUAAAACCAAGCCUGCAGUCAGUAAAGCCUUAAUCUGUACAUUGGAAAUGGUCGCAGUGAGCCCAACUGAGGAGUGGCCCUCAAAGUACUCUAAACUGUUCGUUGAAAUGGAUGAUGGCUUGGAGUUUUCCUUCACUGUUAAGAGGCGUUUUGCAAAAAUAAGACUGCUUGACAACCCAGAAGCUGCCCCGCCAAUUUCUGAGCUUGGACCUGAUGCCUUAUUUGAACCAAUCAAGCUUGAUAAAUUUAUGAAGUCAUUAGGUCAAAAGAAAGGGCCAAUAAAAGCCCUUUUACUUGAUCUGAGUUUUAUAUCAGGAAUUGGCAACUGGAUGGCAGAUGAAGUACUUUAUCAGGCAAGGAUCCAUCCUGGGCAAACUGCAUCGAAGAUAUCAAAGGACAAAUGUGAGAUACUCCAUCAGUGUAUUAAAGAGGUUAUCGAGGAGUCCUUAAAAGUUGGUGCUGGCAGCAAUCAGUUCCCAGAAAAGUGGAUAUUUCAUUCCAGGGAGAAGAAACCUAGGAAGAAAAUUGACUUCAUUACAAUAGGUGGUAGGACCUCAGCAUAUGUGCCAGAGUUACAGAAGCUGGAUGGGACAGAUGCGGCAGCCAGCAGAUCUAAGGGAGGCAAAGACAAGGAGAAUGAUGACGAUACAAAGUCAGGAAAAGGUAGAAAUGCUCCAAAACCAGCAAAGGGAAGAGUGAAGGCGGCAAAAGGCUCGUCAAACAAAGCUACAAAUACUAGUGAUGAUGGCGACGAGGAGGAUUAUGAAGUGGAAGAGGCAAAACCAGCAAAGCGGGGAAGGAAGCAACCAACAAGGGUAGCUAACACCUCAUCUAAAAAUGCUGGCAGUAUUCAUGGUGAUGAAGCUACUGAUGAGGAAGAUGCACGUCCAGCAAAGAGGGGAAAGAAGCAAAUAGAAAAGACCACAAAGCGCUCAUUGAAGGAAGCCAAUCAUGAGGACAGUGAUGAAGAAGCAGUUGGUAAGAUAGAGGCCAAACCUGGGAAGGCACCAACAGAGGCAAGGAGCUUGCCAAAGCAAGUUGAUGAUGCUGGCCCAGCAAGGAGGCCGCAGAGGAAAGUGCGGCAGCCUUGA